AUGUCUUCUCAAGAGGACGUUUUAGAUUCUCUUUUCAUUCUAUCGUAUUUAUUAUACUGGUAUCUUACUAAAGAGUAUAACUACUGGAAGGAUAGAAAUGUUCCAUUUAUAAAGCCAAGUGUUCCUUUUGGAAGUGCUAAAGAACAAAUGAUGAAAAGAAGUUCCUGGAUUUCAUUCAUCAACCAGUUUUACGCCAAUUUCAAACAUCAAGGAUUCGGCGGAGUGUAUUUUGGAAGACGACCAUCAUUUUGGGUAUGCGAUCCGAAGCUAGUCGAGCACAUUUUGGUUGAAGAUUUUGCACAUUUCCACGAUCGAUGGAGGCAAUCGCCAAAGUCAGAAACAGCAGAGGGAAACACCUUGAUGUUUAGCCAGGGAGAGAAGUGGCGCUCUCUUAGACUGAAACUCUCUCCAGCAUUCACCUCUGGCAAAGUCAAGGGAAUGUUCCAACAGAUACUAUCCAGCACUGACAAUUUUAUACAGAGAGUUGUAAGCUCUGACCAUCAAGACGGUGUUGAUGUUGAGUCUUUAACUACAGACUUUGCCACCGAGGCGAUGGUCAGCUGCCUGUGCGGAGUGCAGAUGUCAAAUUCUAAAGAAGCGGUAGAGUUCAACAAAGCACUGAAUAUAAUUUACAAACCAACGCUACGUAGAAACAUUGUCUUUACUCUGUAUAGCAUUUUCCCUACAAAGUUAUUUAAGUUCAUUGGGAUAAGAGGAGCACCACAUGAGGCAAUAGACAUUCUAAAGGGGGUUGUAAAGAGUAUCUUGAACUAUCGAAAGAGAAGUGGUGAAAGAAGAAAUGACAUCCUUCAAACAAUGUUUGACUUGAAAGAGCAGGAGGAGAGUGAAUAUGGAAAAGAAGAGAUCGAAAUUAUGUUUUCUAGCAAAAUCAAAAGGUUGUUGAAACAAUUAAUGGUUAAAGACCCAGAGCCUACUAAACAAUUCACCGAAGAAGCUAUAGCUGCACAAAUUCUGGGAUUCAUGUCAGCAGGGAUUAAGCCAAUUUCAGUAACUGUUACUUUCGCGCUUUUUGAAAUCGCUAAUAACCCGUCAAUCCAAAACAAGCUGCACAAAGAAAUUGACUCAGUCAUGCUCAAGCAUAAGGAUUGGAACCUUGAAGCUCUCAGGGAAAUGACCUUCCUCGACGGAGUGGUCCAAGAAACCCUUCGCGUGUAUAGCGUGAACGUGCUUUUGAUGAGGGCAGUCAAUGAAAAAUACAAUUUACCAGGAACUGAGGUGGUUCUCGAGAAGGACAUGCAGGUUUUUAUCACUUCCGACGCACUUCAUAAGGACCCGGACUUGUAUCCUAGUCCCCUGGAGUUCCGGCCGGAGCGUUGGCAAGGUAACAACUACAGAACUUCUUCGACCUACCUCCCGUUUGGACAUGGUCCCAGGAUAUGCAUCAGCAUCCGCCUGGCCGUGCUGACGGUGAAGCUGUGUCUGGCGAGGGUGGUGGCUCAGCAUGACCUCAGCAUCUCACCGAAGAUGACCCUUCCUCUGCAGUUUGACAAAAAUGUACACUUCAAGGCUAGAGAUGGCGUCUGGUUGAGGUUUAGUAAAAGAAAAUCAUAA